GAUCAUAUAGAGUUUACAUAAGUAGCCUUGCAUAUAGCUGUAUUAUACUAGUGUUACAAUUCUAAUUAUAAUAUAACACAUUAGGACCUACCUGCAAGACCCAAGUAAGUGACAAACAACAACUGUUUUCAUUGUGACAUUUAGAAACUUGCUGUGUACUGUAGUUGUAUAUCUAAGGAACAAUUGUCUUGGUUAUUACUACAAAGAGCAAGCACUAGGACCCGGGAUUCCUCACUCUCACAGGAAAACCGGUUUAUAGGAGUGUGUGUGUGCCUGUCAGCCCUUUGUGUUCCAGCAGGUGUUGACGAAACACAAGUGAAAGCAAUUAAUUUAGUUCAAUUCAGUCAGCACUUCACCACUUCAUUGUACAGCAACUCAGUUGGAGGACUUAACCCUUAAUUUCUAAACUCUGUGGAGCAAACUGUAAAUUUUAAGGGGCAGGAAGAUGUGAAGGAAAUGUGCUCAACAAAAUUCCUGUGGGACAUACUUCAGUUCCGAAGACUGUGCUGCCAGAGUGCUUCUUCAGAUACCGAGGACGAUGAACCUGUGAGGAGAAGGAAGACACGAAAGAAGAAAGAUGAAGCCAAAAGAGUUAUUGUUUCUAACUUGCCCUUUGAAGGCGGCAAGUGGAAAGAAAACCCAAACAGACAUUAUGAGGGGAACAAAAUCAAGACCACAAAAUAUACCCUUCUGUCUUUCAUCCCUAAGAACCUCUUUGAACAAUUCCAUCGCUUUGCCAAUUUCUAUUUUGUGGCCAUCGUAGCACUCAACUUUGUGCCUGUGGUCAACGCCUUUGAGCCAGGGAUCUCUGCCAUCCCAGUCUGUGUUAUAAUGGCCAUCACAGCUAUUAAAGAUGCCUGGGAAGACUUUCGGAGAUUCCAUCUGGACCGGAAGAUCAAUAGCAUGGGUUGCCUUGUAUAUAGCAGGCACAAACGCACCUACUGUGAGACGUGCUGGAAAGAUGUCCGAGUGGGAGACUUUGUGCAGUUGCAGUGCAAUGAGAUCAUCCCUGCUGACCUCCUGCUGCUCUACUCCUCUGAACAGAAUGGCAUCUGCCACUUGGAGACAGCCAAUCUCGAUGGGGAGACCAACCUUAAGCAAAGACAAGUAGUUAAAGGAUUCUCUAAUAUGAAUACUGAAUUUGAGCCAGAAUUUUUCCAAAACAUCAUUGUUUGUGAAAAGCCCAACAACGAUCUCAACAGAUUUAAAGGCUACAUGGAGCAGCCUGAUCUCACACGGAUUGGUUUUAAUCAUGAAAGCCUUCUUCUUCGUGGGUGCUCAGUGAGGAAUACAGAGAUUGCAGUAGGAAUUGUGGUCUAUGCAGGUCACGAAACCAAGGCCAUGUUAAAUAACCGAGGUCCUCGUUACAAACGCAGCAAAAUAGAGCAACGCAUGAACAUCGAUAUAUUCUUCUGUGUGGGGCUGCUAUUCGUCAUGUGUCUGACUGGAGCAGUAGGUCAUGGCAUCUGGAAUGGGACUUUUUUAAAGCUCCCCUUGUAUGUCAUCCCAGAUGCAAACGGCAACUAUCUUAGUCCAGCCCUUGCGGGUUUCUACAUGUUCCUGACAAUGAUAAUCCUUUUGCAGAUUUUAAUUCCCAUUUCCCUCUAUGUAUCCAUCGAGUUUGUCAAGCUGGGGCAUGCCUUCUUCAUCCACAAUGAUAUUGACCUCUAUAAUGAAGAACAAGACUUGCCCAUUCAGUGCCGAGCACUAAAUAUCACUGAAGACCUAGGACAAAUUCAGUACAUAUUCUCAGACAAGACAGGGACACUGACAGAGAAUAAGAUGGUCUUUCGACGGUGUACAAUUAACGGGAAAGAAUUUUCACAUCAGGAAAAUGCCAAGCGACUAAAAACCUACAAGGAAUUGGAUUCAGACAGUGAAGACUGGGCAAAACAAUUGAGCCUCCCUUCAAACAAAGGUGCGCAAAGAGUUUCUGGAACAUGGACAAACACCACCCAGCCCUUGAGAAGGUCUCAGAGUGCUCGGGCUCAUUUUCAAGGGCAUAGAAGGAUCAGAUCUCUGGGGGCCUAUGGAAACUGUCCUUUCCAGGUUGCAUUCAGCAGUACCAUUGAAAAGGACGUGACCCCAGAUAACAGGCUAUGGAUGAAAGUGAGAAAUACCUCAUGCCACCUAGACCCUUUGGCCCCAUUUAUGUCUACCAAAGCCACCUCCUCCAUCACAGAUUUUUUUCUUGCUCUGGCCUUGUGCAACACAGUGGUGGUCUCCACAGCAACUGAACCAAGACAAAGGGUUACUACUCCUUCACAGAUGAAACCAUCAGGACUCUCCCUGGAGAAAAUCCAGCAGCUGUUCCAGCGGUUAAAGCUGGCAAGCCUCAGCCAGUCUUUUUCAUCAGUGCAGUCUAGUUCAGACUUAGGAGAGAGUUUUAACACAGAACGCACCAAAGUUUGUGCUGAUUCUGAAGCAAAUGACUAUUUUUCUAGCGCAAGCUGCUCUACUUUAACAGAAGAUGAUAAUUUUAGGAGGGAUUCAGUCACUGGAACAUAUCCCUCUGGGGAUGUUGACCCUUCCUUGGUUGAGCUCUGUGAGCCAGAUGACAAAGGAACUUUGACGCCCGAAUUCUGUUAUGAGGCUGAAAGCCCAGAUGAGGCAGCCCUCGUCCACGCUGCCCGCGCAUACCAGUUUACCUUGAUAUCCAGGACUGCUGAACAAGUGACUGUGAGGCUGCCAGAGGGCAUCCUCUUGACGUUUGAGCUCUUGUUUACAUUGGGAUUUGACUCCAACAGGAAAAGAAUGUCAGUAGUGGUGAGGCAUCCUCUUACUAAGGAAAUAAUUGUCUACACCAAAGGGGCCGACUCAGUCAUAAUGGACUUACUGGAAGACCCCGUCAGAGCUGGAAUGACUGCGGAAAAGAAUAUAAGAAAAAUAAGAACUCAAACACAAAAACAUUUAGAUUUGUAUGCACGAGAGGGCCUGAGAACCCUAUGCAUUGCUAAGAAGGUCUUAAGCGAAGAUGAUUUUCAGAAAUGGGCCAGCUUUCGUCAUGAGGCAGAAUCUGCUAUUGACAACAGAGAUGAACUAUUAAUGGAGACAGCACAACACUUGGAGACUAAACUCACCUUACUAGGUGUAACUGGGAUUGAAGACCGGUUGCAAGAUGGAGUGCCAGAUACCAUCGCUGCUUUCAGAGAGGCUGGUAUCCAGACAUGGGUGCUGACUGGAGAUAAGCAGGAAACAGCUGUCAACAUUGCUUAUGCCUGCAAACUUCUUAACCAAAGAGACACUGUCUUUACCAUUAAUACCGAAUGUAAGGAAACCUGUGAAUCACUCUUGGAUAUCACACUGGAAGAAGUGAAGAAAGCUGAAGUUGUUCGAGGGACAAAGCGGCAUCGUUUCAGCAUUCAGCUGCCCUUUUCUUUGUCAAGUGCAGUGACUCCGAAUCCCACAAUUGGAGUGGUGCUUGAUGGAAGAACUCUGAACACCAUUUUCCAGGGACAACUGGAACAUAAGUUUCUCGAACUAACCAAGUACAGCCGGUCAGUUUUGUGUUGCCGAUGCACCCCCUUACAAAAAAGCAUGGUGGUCAAGCUUGUGCGGAGUCAGCUGAAAGUUAUGACACUGGCAGUCGGUGAUGGGGCAAAUGAUGUAAGUAUGAUUCAGGCAGCUGAUGUUGGAAUUGGCAUUUCUGGACAAGAAGGUAUGCAGGCUGUCAUGGCCAGUGAUUUUGCCGUAUCUCAGUUUAAGCACCUCAAAAAGCUACUUCUAGUCCAUGGACACUGGUGCUAUUCUCGCUUGGGGAAGAUGGUGAUCUACUUCUUCUACAAAAAUGUGGCCUAUGUCAAUCUGCUCUUCUGGUACCAGUUCUUCUGCGCUUUCUCUGGAACCUCCAUGAUAGACUACUGGCAAAUGAUUUUCUUCAACCUGUUUUUCACUUCUGUGCCACCAAUAAUUUCAGGAGUCCUGGAUAAAGACAUUUCUGCAGAGACCCUGUUAAGCUUGCCUGAACUUUACAAGAGUGGACAAAACUCAGAGGUUUACAAGCCUCUGACAUUUUGCAUCGCCAUUUUGGAUGCCUUUUACCAGAGCCUCAUCUGCUUCUUCAUCCCUUACCUAGCAUAUCAAGAUUCUGAUAUUGGUGUUUUCACCUUUGGGACAACAGUCAACACCGUCGCCCUCCUUACUAUUCUCUUUCACCAAGCUUUAGAAAUUCAGACAUGGACUUGGCUCCAUGGGAUCAUCAUGAUGGGGAGCAUUCUCCUUUACUUUAUUUUCUCGCUCAUCUACAAUGCUUCCUGCAUUGUCUGCAAUCAUCCAGCCAACCCCUACUGGAUUACGGAGAAGGAACUCUCAGAACCAAGCUUCUAUUUCAUCUGCAUCAUUACACCAGUCACAGCACUUCUCCCAAGGUAUCUUAUCUUGGCUGUACAAGGGACCAUCAAUGCAUCUCACACUGUGAAAGCACAACAGCUGGACAAGCUCCCUAAAGAACAACAGGUCUUGGAGGUACAGAAGUGGACAUUGAGGGAACAAGGCCCAGGAGUCCACAGUGAUGAUCCUGACCCACCCAUUGCAAACACAGAUGUGGCAUCGCCUGAUUACACACCAGGGGAUUACACCACAGGGGAACAUAUGCUUUCUAACCGUGGUGAUUACCAGGGACUCUACCCUCCUGAGCAGGCAACACUGAAAGAACAGAUAUUGAAUGGAGAAAGCAAUGACUUCACCAAAAGGUGGGCUCAAGACAAGGCCUCCACCACCACAGGUUUCUUGUCAACAACAGCCUCUCCUGGGCAAAGCACAUCUGGCAAACUUUUCUCUGGCUUCCCUCCUAAGAACACUGAACGUUUUGAUCGAAAGAGCCAUCGGAGGUCCGUGAGUGCUGUAACUUUAUGAAGGAGCCUUUGUUUUUGACUGAGAGGAAAACAUAAUUGCAUCUCUGAACAGCAUCUGCCUCCCACACAGGGAGCAUAGGUAGCAGAAGGAAAAUAGAAUUGCUAUUUAUAUUAAAUAGCAGUGCCUUCCGGAAAGAAAAGGCUAAGAUAUAAUUUCAGCAGCCUAUUGGGACUGUGUAUGUUGUCUUUAGAAUGUGACAUAGCUCAGGUGUAGCCAAAGUGUAUUUAUUCUAAGGAAGAGAAAUUUCCAAACGGCUUGGAGAAAUAUUAGCCCAUCAUCGCUUCGCCACUGUGAAAUGCACUAUUUGCUUGAAAACUGACAAUAUAUCCUGAGGAGGGAAUUUUGUUUUUUCACUAAUAAUGAGUCACUCCUGAAUGUUAUCUUUAUCAUGUCAGUUAUCACCAUAAGCCUUAUGCCUGAGCUGGCACACCAAUAGCCAUGCGGUUGUAAGAUAAUUGUGAUACAUUUCUCUGCGAUUGUAGAAUAUUUCCAGAAAUUUCUUUAAAUGCAACAUCUUACAGGAAAAAAAACACUACAUCAAAUGAACUAAACCAUUGCUGUGAAGUCUGUAGCUUCAAUAUUUUGCAAGUCAACAUCCAAAAUAAUAUUAAUAUUUUUUAAAUUGUCUGUGUGUAUAUAUAUAUAUAUGCAUUAUUAUCAUACUUCACAACUCGUAACUUAUUGAGCAGAUAACUUGUUUGGCAUAACCACCAAUACUCAGAUUGGGGAAAAAUUACUUGACUGUAAGGUCCACUGAUUUCAAAGAAGGUACUCCUAAACUCAAGGAAUAAGGUUUGAACCCCAAAAUUAAACCAAUUAAUCUCCAUUGUUUUAAAUAGAGUUCACAUGGCUCAAGUCCAACUGUUAAGCUUCUGUUGAUUUACUAGUCAACCUGUUGAUUUCCUACCAGUCACAUUGACUAAGCCAGAAAGAUGAUUAGGCAGGUGACAGGAAAGUGGGGAAUAAGGAGAUGCCAUACUGAGUGCAGAUAGGUUCCUCAAUAUGAGUAAGUGUAUAGAAUGAUGAUGAUCAUGGAUGUGCAUUCCAAUCCCUUCCCAUUAAUGGAUUUAAAGUGGAGCUACAGAUUUUAUCUCUGCUUCAUAAGCUAAAAAUCAAGAUUCUACUUCUCUGUGAAAUGGCAUUGGGAAAGAAAAGUCAUUUUCUGAGCAAAGCAGCUGAAAGGAGGAGGAGGAGGAGGAGUGCAUUUCACAUUAACUCUCCAUACCAUCAUUUUAUUUAUUUAUUUAUUUAUUAGCAAGUAAGUUUCAUUGUGUGGUCAUAGACUCGUUCAUACAAAGAUAAAAUAGAUAAAAUAAAUACAUAAUAUAAUAUAUAAUCUUGGUAUAGCAUUUUGCACAUUCUUAUAGCUGAAAAUAAAAACUUAGCCACUAACUGUAUAAUUAUUUGAUUCUCUCUAGACAACAGACACUUCAAAUAACUUGUGGGGGGGUAGACCAGUACAUUUAGUCAUAAGUGAACCAAGAUAUUGAAUGUGUUCGAUCCUAUAUAGGCUACAUUCUAAAAUGAUGUGCGCCAAGGUCU